GAGCCGGAGGUUCUGCUGGAGUGUGUGCAUAUUCUGCAGAGUCUGUCACAGUACAGAGAAUACCUGAAAGACCUGCCAAGAAAAACCAUGGUGGACAUCCUGUCAGAGACGUCUAAGGAGGUGUUUGAGGAGGUGCUGUUUAACGCCCUGAAGUCUGACCUAACAUCUGCCCUCAACACACCUGAGCAGUUAGAGCUCCUCCUGGUGGCCAUACAGAAGUUUCCCUCAGUGCUCAAACCCAAAAAACUGAAGAAAUUGUUGGGAACCACAACAGUCAUCACUGACGAGAGUCUGCCGAAGUUAGUGGGCGUUUUAAAGACGGCUGCUCGCUCUGUUAAAAAAGACGCCGUGUUGCCGCCGGUUGCUUUAGAUUUGCUGCAGGCGUCUCUGCGUGAGGAGAGUUUUGAGAUGUUCUGGAAUGAAGCUAUCAUCAAAGGCAUGAUGUCUGAGAUGCCCGGACACACGCAUUAUUUGAGUUUUCGUCUUUUGGGAGCCGCCCUGCCGCUGUUGUCGGUCUCACAGAUUGAGUUUGUUUUGACCGGUGACGUGAUGAGACAUUAUGGUGAACACGUGCUGUCUGCGCAGUUGCCAGAUCGGUUCAAGUUUUCUCCAGAGAUGGAUAAAUAUAUAAGCGAGUUCUUGCAGGUCUGCACAGAUGCCGACCGACAGCUGGCCGUUGUGCUGGGCUUCACUCAGCUCACUAACCAGGGUUACCCUGUAGUCCCAUCUUUCUGGAAGGUUCUGGAGCACAUGGUUCUGCCAGCACAGCAGAAGUACGUGGAGUGGCUUCAAGAGGCAUUUUGUGAUCCACAGCUGGAUAGGUGUUUGGACUUCACCACGCGCAGACAGAUGUUUGAACGGGAGGAGAAAGUCGAGAAUGACAGCUGUGUGGCCCGCUUUCGUACAUGGAUUAUACAGCGUCUCGCCUUCAUUGUUGAAAACCAUCAGAUUAAGAAAGACGAAGAUCUCGUCAUGAACGUUGCCAGGUUUAUUUUCUUUCAUGCAUUUUUUGAUGUGAAGAAAUCCACCUCGGAGAUCCCAGAGACGAAACGAGCCCUUGCAUUGCCCAUAGACAAACAAACUCGAGCCAGCAUGGCUUCUGCUUUCUACAGUAUCCUGCAGAGUCUGAACAUGAUGCCUGUAUUAGGAGAUCUAUCAGAGACAGAGAGUUUUAACUCCAGGAGGAUUGUGGGAUUUAAAGCAGAUGGGAGUAUGUGGAUAUACUGUCUGGUGCAAUAUGCCGCCACGCUGCUCGACCAAAGCAAAUACGCCCAGAUCGUUCAAGCUUUCAGUCCUGAACAGAGACAGGCCUGGGACAGCAUGCUGGAAUCUGUGGAGGAUUUGAGAAAAAAAGCCAAGAAAUCUUCAUCACCUGAACACGCAGCGUUCCAGAAUCUCUUUCUUCUCAUUGGCAUUCAGAUGUUCAAGUCUCCAGAGGAGAGUCUGGAUCUGUUAAAGGAUCUGCGGAGCUGCAUGGAGAGAGCUCAGGCCAAGAAAUCUAAAAAGAAGAAAGCCGCAAAUGGUAAGAGCUCAGAAGAGGAACCUCACUGGGUGGAGGUGAUUGUUGAAAUCCUCCUCUCACUCCUGUCUCAACCCAGUCGACUUAUUCGUAAUGUGUGCAAAGUCGUGUUUACCCGAAUCUGCCCUCACCUUACCCAAGGAGCGCUCAACUCCAUACUUAAUGUUCUGGACCCCAACAAAGAUGAAGAAGAAAGUGGUGUCAUGGUGACUGACGAGAAAGAGAAGAAAAAACACAAAGUUGAGGAAGGCGAAGAUGAGGAAGAGGGAGAUGAAGAUGAAGAAGAGGAUGAAGAAGGUUCUGAUUCCUCGGAUGAUGAUGAGGACGAUGAGGAAGAUGAGGCCAUGGAUGAUGGAGAGGACGUGGAUCAGAACUUCCGCUUGGACUUGAUGAAGGUUCUGCAGGGUCAGAAUGCUCUGGUCAAAGAGGAAGAUGGCAGCGAUGAAGAGGAGAUGGAUGAUGCAGCCAUGAUGAAGCUUGAUGGAAGCUUGUCUGCUCUCUUUCUAGAGCAGAAGAAAAAGAUUCAAGCUAAAAAGGACGAGAAGGACAGACUGCGCAAGGAAAAGGUCCUCGUCCGAGACUUCAAGAUUAAAGUGCUGGACAUGGUGGAGGUGUUCUUGCUAAAACAGGGCAGCAGUCCUCUGGUUCUCAGCAUGGUGGAUCCUCUGCUCAGCGUGAUCGAGACUGGCAUGAGCUCUGAAACCAGCCAACAGGAACAAGACUACCUGCGCAAAGCCGCCAACAUUUUCAAAAACCAGCUUUGCCGUGGGAAAUAUUACUGCAGGGAAAUUGACAGGCGAGAGGCAGAGCUCCAUGAAAUGCUGGAGCGCUUGGUUGGUCGGGCUCAGAAACUCUCAGACUCGUCUGUGUCUCUUUACUACUUCAGUGCUGCUUUGUAUGUGGUGAAAGUGUUAAGAGGUGUGGUGAAUGAACAGGAGUCAACACCGUCCGAGGCAAAUAUGGGUAAAUUGGAUGUCGCGAGAGUCACAUCUUGCUUCCGAGAUGCGUUGACGUCGUCCAUGACGCGGAGAAAAACUCCUCUUACAGGAGCCAUGUUCAUCGACCUCUUCACUCGCUUCCCUGUUUUGUGUGUGAACUUGUUGGACACUGCUGUGGAGAACAUAACAGGUGGACUGAGAGAACAUCAACAGGGUCAAGCGUGUGCCAUGGUGCUCAGGGCUGUGCAGUCUAAAGAUGUGAAGAACCUCAUGUCUAAUAAGCAGUGGGCUGAGCUUUAUGAGAAGAUUGUGAGGCAGCUCAUUAAGACGUUUGAGAAUGUGCCGUCCAAAAACAAAACGGUUCAUGAGAAGAUGGUGAAAGCUAUGGAACUCUGUCAGUUUAUUGUGAAAACUGUUAAGAAUGCGAAGAUGCCGGUUAAAUUGGAGCUCCUUCAGGAUGUUCUUAAGACGAUGAAUGACGACGAAAGCCUUCAGAAACCAGGACAACUCGAGGACAUAUACUGGAGUGUAAUGAAAUUCUUUGGCGUUGUAAAACCAAAGAUGCAGAAGGUAAAGAAAGUUGUGGAGGUAGAGCAGACCGAGAAAACCACCAAGAAGAAAAAGGGAUUCCUACCCGAGACGAAGAAACGCAAGAACCGUAUGAAGUCCACAGUACUGGAGGGAAUAGAGCCAUCGACCACCGCAGAAACUCCUGAAGGAACAUCUGGAAAGAAGAAAAAGAAAAAUAAGAAAAGAAAACGGCAAGGAGAAGAGACACAAGCUCAGACCCCUGCUAAAAAAGCCAAACAGCAACAAAAGAAGAAAAAACAGAAAGGAGGUGAUAAGAAAUAAUUGGACAAUAUGAUGUGACUGUGUGAGGAAUACAGGACUGUUAUGAUGUCUAAGUACAGAUGGUAUUCUGUAAUAUCUGAUGAUUUCCAAGCCAUAUAUUAGGCCUGGUAUUUAUAAAUCCACCGCUGAAUUUAUGUGUUUAAUAAUUGGACAUACAUCAGCUUUUCUGUUUCAUGAAAUUAGACGUUUUGAAAUGUCUGUAUUAUUGUUUCAUAUGUCUUUACUUUGCCUUUUGUAGUGUUUUUGAUGUCUGUCUUGAAUAAUGGAGCUUUUGUAAAAGCAACUGAUGAUAUACUAAAAGGCAUUUUAUUGUUAA